AUACGAGCAAGAACAGGUUGAAGCCGAAAAGAGAAGACAAGCCGAAGUAAAUCGAAUAGAGUCAGAGUUUAAAAAUAAGAAGGUUAGAGUUGGUGAAGCGGUUUGCUCUCGCGGACAUAGUAAUGUGACUGCCUAUAACAAGUAUGGAAAUCGUCCUGACCCUGAUGAUUUUGAGGACAGUAUUCAUUAUGUUUAUUGCUCGUCAUGUGGGAAAAAUGAUUAUAAUUGUGAAGUUCGUAAUGCUAAAACUUACAAUUUUGAAGAAUGA